CGGAAAGAGUCGCUCGCCAUUACCCGUGCAGCGUCUCCAGCUGCAGAGAUCCAUGCUCCAAACACUGGCCUGAGCCCGGCCCCUCCCGCGCACGCUGGGUCACGUCCCCGCCCGGGAGCAGUUUUUGGCCCUGGGGAAAAACCUGAUGGAAGCUUCCCCCGGAUUUGCCUUGUUAAUUUACAUCAGCUGACCACGUCCCUCCCUGGGCCGGGCCCAGAGCAGGCCCCAGACGAUCUGAUGUGGGAGGAAGGAGCGGGAGAGACAGAGCGCCCCCCACGGCCCCACCGGGCGUACACCAGUGUGACGCGGGCGACUCCGGAUUCACCCCAGCGCCGCUCCGGCGGGCGAGUGGCUGCUGCAGGGAUUUGCUUUGCAGCAGCCGGAGCAGGAGGAGGCGAGCUGAGGCGCCGCUCCCCUGCCCAGCGGCGGCAGUGGGGUGGAAGAAGGGGGAGAUCGCCCCCCCGGUCACCCAGGCAAGACCCCCCCAGUCCAGCAGCCAGCUCAGGUGCCAUGAGUGGCCGGGGCAGUGUGUGGGCACUGGCCAUCGGCUGGGCGCUGGCCAUGCUGUGCGGAGGCGCCGGGGGCCUGGACAGCCGCUGCCUGGCUGGAGGGAAGCACAAGGUGGCCCCUAGCCCCGAGGGGCAGCUGGGCGUUUGCCAGCUCUACGCUGCCAACGCCUGCUGCUCCCCCAAGGUGGCCCAGGAGAUCUCCAGCGCCCCACUCGCCAAGGUCAACGACAUCUCCUGGAAUCGCUGCAGGAGCCUCAGCCCCAGGUGCAAGCACUACCUCCAGCGGGUUGAAUGCUUCUACCGCUGCUCCCCCAGCGCCGCCCGCUGGCCCCACCCCCAGCGCCCCACAGCUGUCCUGGAGGUGCCCCUCUGCCUGAGCUUCUGUGAGGCGUGGUAUGAAGCCUGCAAGGAUGACCUGACUUGUGCCCGCAACUGGGUGAGUGACUGGCAGUGGGGUCCCCAGGGAAACAACUGCAGCCGGGACUGUGUGCCCUACAGCCAGAUGUACCGGGACGGCAGGGAGCUCUGCGAGAACAUCUGGGGCGACUCCUUCGUGGCCGCCCGGGAGCCCUGCCCCUGCCUGAGCCUGACAGGCUCCGACACCGACCCUCUGCCCGAGGACGGGGACAGCUCGGAGGAGCCUGACUCCACCAAAGCCGGCAGCCCCCGGGGGCCCUGCCCGGCCAGCAGCCUCCUCCGGCGCGGCCUGCACAAGCGCUCCGUCUUCAUGGAGGACGUGGAGGGGAGCGGGAGCGGGCUCUAGAGCCGCUGGCCCCUCCCGCCCCAGCUCCCCCACUCCCUAGGAGAGCCCCUCCCGCACCAGGUGCCGGGGGGGGGGCGGGAAAUGCUUGUAAUCUAUGCAAACCCCUGACCCCUAUGAUUGUCCCCCCCACGCAAACUCUGACUGCUUCUCUAGCUCCUCUUGCACCCCAUCCAGCCACCUACAGGAGGGGGGGACCCACAUAGCCCUCCUCCCGCCACAGCCAUAGGGCCUAGCUCAAAGGGGUGUUAGCUUCCCCCUCCCCAAGCACCCGACUUCCCGGAGAGGGCGUCUCUGCUAGCCACCAGCUCCCCCCAGGCCCCAGUCACAUAGGGAUGCAGCUGUAUUAUCCUCUUGCUAUACUACAGAGGGGGAAACUGAGGCACAGAGUGGGGACACCUGAGAGUAACUCAGUGUAGUGGCUCGGCUCUCUCGUGCAGGCCAGGACCUGGAGCGGCUGCUGGCCAAAGGCUCGGGGCAGGGGAGAAUGCUGCGCAGGUUCCAGGUUGACACUCCCCACCAACGGGGAUCGACCGCUUGACACGGAGGAGCUGAUGAUAAGCCAGGUCCAUUUGCUUCAUGCUGGGCCAACUCCUUAACUGCUCUACGAGAGUCAGACAGCAGGGGGUGACAAAGAGCCCACUGACACCACAGGGGCAGCAGAGGGCGCUCUCCCCAUUAGUCACUGCUGACCCCAAUGCCAGGCUCGGGGACACUCUGUAGGGGCCCCCUCUGUCAAUUCCACCCAGCCCAAGCAACAGCAUUUGCACCUAGCCUGCACGCUAAAGCUUAUUGCAACCCCUCACAAGCUAGUGUAGACAGAACCUGCCAUGUCUUUGCUGCGGCUAGCAGGCGGGAAUAUAGCUGGGCAGGGUGACGGCAUGCCCACCCAGGACAGCGCUAGGGGAUGCUGGGCUGCGAGGUGGGGGCUCUCUCCCCGAGCAGUCUGUGCUGACCUCAGGGCCCCAGCACAGCAGUAGGGGGUGCUGUGCAGACAGAUUGGUGGGGCAAACCAUGGACACCCAUUCCACACUGCAAGAGCCCAAGGAGCCAGAGGCUUCCGUCCCAAAGCAAGGAUCUGCCCCCCCGGCAGGGGGAGAAGGGGAAUCGGCGGUGUAGGGGGAAGAUCGUGCCAGUGUUUUAAACCAGCCCGCCCUCAAAGCAGCCCCAAAC